AGCAGAGAACAUCUGAGAGGAAAAGAAAACAUGCCUUCCCUGCAAACGGCUUUGCCUCCUGAGCUUGCUAACAACGUGAUAAGACUCUACUGUGAAUGCCUCAGAAGAGCUCGGUUCAUUGGUCAUCGGUCAAAUAACAUAGAGCUUGUUGUUGAUAUGGUAAGGCAGCAGUUCAAAAAGCACAUGCAAGAGACAGAUCCAGAAAAGAUUCAGAAAUUUAAGGAUGAUGCUGCAAGAGGACUUAUAAAUCAUAUUCUUUAUGAGUCAGAGAAGAUUAGUGGUAGCAGAUUCAGCGAUAACUCUUGAAAAUGACUCAUUUAUCUUCCGUCCAUGCUUCAUUUGGUAACUUCUGACUCCAUGGAAGAGAGGGGAGAAAACUAACAAUCUGGUUUGAUUUCUUUUGUUUUCAUUUUGUUUAAGUGUUGUUGAGAUUUUGGACUGAGGUUCAAGCUCACAGGACUUGAGAUACUAUAAAGGCAGCAUGAAAUGUUGAGAGAAUGUGAGACCACUAUAUUUGCCUGUGUUUGGUAAUGUCA